GUUUCCUCGACUUAUUUACAUGUCAAGAUCUUACAAACAAAAUGUUAUGCAUACAAAAGUAUUACCAGAAAUCCAUCAACCUUGAACUAAUCAAGAAAUGCUCUAUCGAACAACUGUGCAAAAAGCAGCAAAAUUGUUCCUUCUUCUCUAAGUCCAUUAGCACCACUACAAAAACCCAUCAAAAAGAUGACUUUAAUUCAAAUAACAUAUUUAUUUCCAAUCACCUUAAUUCUGAAAUAGCCGUGCUUAAUGACUUUCAAAUGUUAAACUCUGGUUCAAAGCCUAAUGCUUAUACUCUGGUUCACUUGACCCGAUCAUGUACAAAUCUUGGUUGGUUGUCACAUAGUGAACAGCUUCAUUGCUACAUUUUAAAAUCAGGGUAUGUCAACAAUGUCUUUGUUACUACAUCUUUGGUCAAUUUCUAUGUGAAAACUCAGCUUUUGAGUAAUGCACAACAACUGUUUGAUGAAAUGACUGAACCAAAUGUAGUUACUUGGGCUACGUUGAUAUCGGGUUAUGUUCGUUCUGGGCAGUUUACUGCUGCUCUGAACUUGUUUAUUCAGCUGGAAAGAUCGGAACUUUGUUCUGAUUCGUACUCUUUUACAGCUGUUUUAUCGGCAUGUGGAUCACUUGGUUUAGUACAACUAGGAAAAUCAAUACAUUCCAAGAUUGUGAAAUUUGGUGUUGAGUGUAGCAUUGUGGUGUCAAAUUCUUUGAUUGACAUGUAUGGAAAAUGUGGUUCUGUUGAAGAAUCGACUAGGGUGUUUAAUAGUAUGAUUGAGAAGGAUACGAUUUCUUGGAAUUCAGUUAUUGCAGCAAAUGCAAGAAACAGCAGGCUUGAUCAGGCAUUUGAUUUCUUGCGUCAAAUGCCUGAACCUGAUACUGUUUCAUAUAAUGAGGUAAUUAGUGGUGUGGCACAGUUUGGUAACAUAGAAGAUGCUGUUGGUAGGUUAUAUAGGAUACCGAGCUCAAAUUCAUCAUCAUGGAAUUCGAUAAUCACAGGAUAUGUAAACCGAGGCAGAGCACAAGAAGCUCUGCGGUUUUUUCAAAACAUGCAUCUUAGUAAUGUUCUCAUGGAUCAAUUCACCUUUUCAAGUAUAUUAAGUGGCAUUGCGAAUAUAGCAGCUAUAACAUGGGGAAGGUUGAUGCAUUGUUGCACAGUGAAGUAUGGUGUGAAUGAGACUAUUGUUGUUGGAACUGCAGUCGUUGACAUGUAUUCUAAAUGUGGGCAGAUGAAUGAAGCUGACGCUCUGUUUAGAUCGCUCCCUCAGAAGAAUCUAAUAACCUGGAACACGAUUAUAUCUGGACAUGCUCAUAACGGGAACUCAGAUGAAGUGAUCCGGUUGUUUGAGCAGCUGAAAUUGGUGAAAGAUUUACAACCGGAUGGUAUUACAUUCUUGAAUGUCUUGGCUGCAUGUUGGCAUAACAAAAUGUCUUUUGAGGCUGCAAAUGAGUAUUUCGAAUUGAUGGUCAAGGAGUAUGAGAUAUGUCCUAUGCCGGAACAUUGUUCUUCAAUGAUAGGGCUAAUGGGACAAGAAGGGGAUGUGAGUAAGGCAGAGAAAAUGAUAUAUGAACUGGGAUUUGAAAACUGUGGAUUAGUUUGGAAGGCAUUACUAGGUGCUUCUGUCACUUGUGGGGAUAUAAAGAUAGCAGAAGUGGCUGCUGCAAAGGUGAUAGAAUUGGAAGGUGAUAACGAGUUUGUCUAUGUACUAAUGUCUAACAUGUACGCAUUGCAUAGAAAGUGGAUAGAUGUUGGUGGCAUGAGGGAGCAGAUGAAGGAGAAAAGAGUGAGAAAAGAAGCUGGUUGGAGUUGGAUUGAGCUGGUUGGAGUUGGAUUGAAUUGGAAAACUCAAAUCUAAUUCCAUCUAUUACGUGACAGAAAGAUGAUGGCGAUGUCCAGGUUCAUGGAACUGUUGUUCGAGAAAUAAGUAGAUCCUUUUUUGUGUCACAAAUCAAAGCACUUGAUGCCCCGUAUACAAAGGCUAAAAAGAACAUGACCUACCUUCAACCUCUAUUGACAAAAGAUGUAGAUAUUUAAACAGUAAAGAUGAAGAUUAAACAUGUUGCUG